AUGGCGGACAAGUACCAACAGCUGAUGAAACUCAUUGUCAUCGGAGACAGUGGCGUUGGCAAGUCGUGUCUGUUGCACCGCUUCAUUGAGGACAUUUUUUCAGAAGAGCAAACACAGACCAUUGGCAUCGAGUAUGGCGCCAAGAUUAUUGAUUUGGGAGGAGUGAAGGUCAAGCUGCAGAUCUGGGACACGGCUGGUCAGGAACGGUAUAAAUCCGUUACGAGGAGCUAUUAUCGUGGUGCUACUGGAUGCCUCAUUGUCUACGACGUCAUGAAUAGAAGCUCGUACGAAAGUGUCCCGCAAUGGCUAAGCGACGUACGACAGCUAGCAGGAAGCGAUGUUGUCGUAAUGCUUAUCGGAAAUAAAAUCGAUGUGGCAAAAGGGAAUAGCUUGCGUGCAGUACAGCACAACGAGGCAUCUUUGUACGCCCAGCAAAAUGGUCUGCUUCACUUUGAAACGUCCGCGGCUACAGGCGAGUUCGUAACAGAAGCUUUUCUGAGAGUCGCUAAAAGUGCUGUGUCGUUGGCAAUCGCUGCAGAGCCCGCGAACGAUGUUCAGCUGAGCCAGGACAACAAGACAAACAGCUCGUACCUCUCGUCGUGCUCUUGCUAA